AUGAAACUUGCCGAGGCAUUACGAAUAAGGAAAGAUUACCUAUCUAGGUUGAAGCAGUUGGAAUCUCGUAUUAAUGACAAUUGCUCAGUUCAGGAGGGCGAUAAACCAGCCGAAAAUCCCAAUGAGUUGGUUGAUGAAUAUAUCAAGUUAUCGGCUGAUUUAUCCAAUUUAGUAUGUAAUAUUAAUUUGUCAAAUACACAAAUUAAAUUUUUAUUUGGGAAUCAUGAAGAGCCAAAAUCUAUGACUCAAGCUUUGGCGGAAAGGGAUCAAUAUAUAAGAAAUAUUGAAGUAAUUAGAAACACUGCAAGACGAGGGGUUAUCAAGAGGGAUAUGUACUCAAGGAGUGAAAUUAAAUUUGUAUCCACUGUUAAAGUAAAAGAUUAUCAACACAUGGUUGAUAAGCUAGCUCAGCAGUUGAGGAUUUUGGAUACUAAGAUACAAGAGCAGAACUGGUUAUCUGAUUUAGUAACUGAAAUAGUUUGA